AUGUCGCAACGAUUACGCCCAACACUCCGAGACCGCUCCUCCCUCCUUGGCGGCGGGUCCAGCAGCAGCUCACCAUCCCCCUCCGGCCGCUCCUCUCCCUUUGGACUCGGCUACAACCAACCAUCCCAUGGACAUGGAUUCCAACCAAACGGCCAACGCUUCGCUGAAGACCUCGAAUCCCAAAACGACGAAGCGAUCGAAGGGUUGAGUAAGAAAGUCAAGUUGCUCAAGGAUGCAUUGGAAAUGAAGUACGAGAAUCAACAGUACAACUAA